UGCCAUUUCUAGCUCCCGACUUCCCGCUUUUCCCCCUUUUCCCUUUCUCCUCCGCCGGCGGGAAAUCCGUAAUCGGAAGCUUUUUUUGCUUUUCCCCACCCUAACAUGGCCGGAGAGUUCGAGACGUCGGUCGAAUACGGGCUCAAGCUGUCCAAGCGAAUCUACUACGGGAAAGAAUCUGCCACCGUGGCGCCGGCGGCAUCAACCCCGCCGGAGCCGGUGCGGCAGAUGUCCAGGAGGUCGUCGACCGGCGGCAGUGGCACCGACCAGCAGAUCAGUUUCCUGCCGACGGCGGUCACGGCCUACGCGGUGGUCUCGGAGCCGGAGGCCGUCGACAACCCCGACGUGCCGAGCUACCAGCCGUACGUGCACGGCCGGUGCGAUCCCCCGGCGCUGAUACCGCUCCACAUGUACGGGGCCGAGCUGGAGGUGGACUGCUGCUUGGAUCACGCGCGCGUGGGGUUCUCGGGACGGUGGCGCGUGCACUGCGUCAAGACCGGGCGGAGCUGCGACUGCCGCGUGGCGGUUCCGAUGGGGGAGAAGGGUACAAUUCUGAGUGUAGAGGCUGAAGUGACGGGAAGGUUGUACCAUAGCCGAUUGAUGAAGGCGGAGGAUGCAGAGGAGUUGUCGAAAGCAAGCAAAGCAGUAGGCGGAGAUGGGCGGUACUUGAAAGGCAACAUCUACACUUUCAGAAUUCCACAGAUUGCAGGGGGUUCUAUGGUAUCAGUAAAAGUGAGCUGGUCACAGAAGUUGGUAUAUCGAGGUGGUCAAUUCAGUCUCGACGUGCCAUUUAGUUUUCCACCAUUUGUGAAUCCGAUCGGCAGCAGGAUUUGCAAAAGAGAGAAGAUAUUGUUGAAUGUGAAGUCUGGUAUCGACAAGGAAAUCGCAUUCAAGAGCAGCAGCCAUGCCUUGAUGGAGUUGAGGCGAGAAGUUGGUAAAAUGGGUUUUUCAUAUGAAGCAGAAGUCAAGACUUGGUCGGCUUCCAACUUCAGUUUCUCAUACUCUGUCUGCUCUGCGGAUUUGUUUGGUGGUGUGCUCUUGCACACGCCAUUUCUGAGAGAGUUCGAGGAAAAACAAAUGUUCUGUUUGCAUCUCUUCCCUGGAACUAACCAACUUAGGAAGGCUUUUAGGAAGAAGGUGGUAUUUUUAGUUGAUAUCAGUGGGAGCAUGAAAGGAGAUCCUCUUGAAAGCACAAAAAAUGCAAUAAUGUCAUCACUGUACAAGCUGAAUCAGGAGGAUUCUUUUAACAUCAUCGCUUUCAACGGGGAAAUGUACUUAUUCUCGCCCUUGAUGGAGCCUGCAACCAAAGAAACAAUAGUCAAAGCUAACCAAUGGAUUAAUGACAAGUUACUUGCAGGAGGGGGUACCAACAUUUUACCUCCUCUUCAGCAGGCUAUGAAGCUCUUGGCUGAAACAACCAAUUCAAUUCCUCUCAUUUUCCUCGUCACUGAUGGAACCGUUGAUGAUGAGAGAGACAUCUGCAAUUUCGUCAAAGCUUCACUUGCUAGUGCAUCAACUGGAACUUCCAUUCCUCCUCGCAUAUGUACAUUUGGCGUAGGUUCAUUUUGUAAUCACUACUUCUUGCAAAUGCUGGCUCAAGUUGCCAAGGGCCAUUUCGAUUGUGCUUUCGAUACAGAUUCAGUUGAUUCUCGGCUACAGAGACUAUUCACGACUGCUUCAUCUGUUCUCAUAUCCAACAUUAGCAUAGACUUCCUGACACAUCUUGAUUCACUUGAGUUGCUUCCAUCUAGUAUUCCAGACCUUACUACUGGAGCUCCACUGCUAGUGUCUGGGAGAUACCACGGGACUUUCCCAGAGUUCGUCAAAGUUAUAGGGACGUGGGCAGAUAUGACUCAUUUUACCAUGGACGUGAAAGUCAAAAGAACGAAGGAUUUGCCUCUAGACAGAGUACUUGCUAGAAGGCAGAUCGACUUGCUUACUGCUACGGCAUGGCUAUCACAAAGUAAAGAACUUGAGGACAAGGUUGCCAAAUUGAGCAUACAGAAAGGGGUUCCAUCUGAAUACACCCGUAUGAUUCUGAUUUACACUGACAAAGGAGAGAAACCACCAGAAACCCAUCUAGUAAUGGAGGUAUUCAGCAAAUUGAACUCACUGAGGAGCCUUCAGCUGGGAUCCGAAUCAGCAGAGAAGCAGAACAUCUACCUAGGGAGCAGCUUAGGCAUUGGCUUAGGCAACCUAGUCGCCACAGCUCGGAACAUUCCUCCUGGAAACGAGGAGGGGAAGCAGCCAGACGCGGCGGCGAAGCUGGCCAACGCGGCUUCCAGCUGCUGUGGCGCGGUGGCCGAUCGCGUUUGCUGCAUGUGCUUCAUCAGGGCUUGCUCGCACACCAGCAAACAGUGCUCCAUCUUGGCGUCUCAGAUCUGCGCCGCGCUGGCGUGCUUCGAGUGCAUCAGCUUUUGCUAUGAGCUUUGUGCUUGCGAGUGAAAAGUAUCCGAGGACCUAUUUAUGUUCAUAACUCGUAGGAGUAUGCAGUGUAUAUCAUCUUCCCAAGUUGGCCUAAAGCUGAUAAUAUGGCCUUUGCAUUAGCCAUUUUAAAUAAUGAUUUGGAUACUUGUUCAUUUCAACUUCUCUGGCGAGAGGUUAAUAAUUAAUAAGGAAAAAAUCCCAAA